AUGCUGUUUGGAUCAUUCUCAAGUCGUGGUCAUUGGGGUUUUCACAAGCUUUUGGAGGUGACAGGUGUCGUUGGCAGGGCUGAGUUGCUGUCCUCCAUUUUCCUGCUGGCUGCUUUCCUGGCAUACACCAAAUCAAAAGGCGCCGAUCACUCCAUUGUGUGGACUCCUAUCAUUUCAACCGUGCUCCUGGUUGCCGUUGCCACCCUAUGCAAGGAGCAGGGAAUAACUGUCAUUGGGAUAUGCUGUAUUUACGAGGUGUUCGUUGCCCAAGGGUUCACUCUGCCCAUGCUGAUUGACACCCUACUUCAAGUGUUGAGAGGAAAAGAUGGUUUUCCCUAUGCUAUUCUCCAGACCCUGCUGAAGCUCAUUGUCCUGAUCAUCAGCACACUAUUGCUGGUCAUCGUCAGGGUGCAGGUCAUUCAGUCCCAGUUGCCAGUGUUCACCAGGUUUGAUAAUCCAGCUGCCGUCAGCUCCACCCCGACCAGGCAGCUGACCUUCAACUACCUCCUGCCAGUAAACACCUGGCUGCUGCUCAACCCCUCUGAGUUGUGUUGUGACUGGACGAUGGGCACUAUCCCUCUUGUGGAGUCCCUGCUGGACCCUCGCAACCUCGCCACAGUGGUAUUUUACGCCAUGUUGAGCCUCCUGGCUUAUCACAGCCUUUGGUACGGCCACAGCUCUUCAAAGAUCGUCAUGAUGGCACUGUCGCUGAUCGUCCUUCCUUUUAUACCUGCAUCCAACCUGUUUUUCCCUGUGGGCUUUGUUGUAGCCGAAAGGGUCCUGUACGUGCCCAGCAUGGGAUUUUGUGUUUUGGUAGCCCAUGGAUUUAAACUCCUGUCCCAAAGAGGAGGCCUAAAGAAAACGUCUUGGUUGCUCAUGGGAGUUCUUCUAACAACACACGCCGUGAAGACUUUCAACAGAAACUGGGAUUGGGAAUCCGAAUACACGCUUUUUACAUCUGCACUGAAAGUGAACAGGAACAAUGCCAAACUCUGGAACAAUGUCGGACAUGCUUUGGAGAAUCAAAAUAGUUAUGAGAGAGCAUUGAGAUACUUCCUUCAGGCCACAAGAGUGCAACCAGGAUUUGAUAUUUCUGAGAUGUCCUGCGAGAGGUAUUCCAAAAAUGUCUUUUUGUUUCUCUCAAAACUCAGAGGGGAGCUUCUGCUGAAAAUGAACAAGCCCAGUGAGGCGAAGGACGCCUACAUACGAGCGCUGGAGCUGGACCAUACCAAUGCAGACCUGUGGUACAAUCUGGCAAUUGUCAAUAUUGAGAUGAAGGACCCCUCAGAGGCUUUGAGAAACUUUAAUCGUGCAUUGGACCUGAAUCCACGGCACAAACUGGCACUCUUCAACUCUGCACUUCUCAUGCAAGAGUCAGGUGAGGCAAAAUUUCGCCCAGAGGCAAACCGGCGCUUUCUCACCUACGUGAAAGAAGAGCCGGAUGAUGCUAACGGCUACUUCAACCUGGGCAUGCUGGCAAUGGACGCUAACAAGAACGAAGAGGCUGAGCGCUGGAUGCGGGAGGCCAUUCAACUGCAACCCGGCUUCCGCAGCGCUUUGUUUAACUUGGCCCUUCUCUACUCUCAGUCACAACGUGAACUGGAUGCUCUCCCGGUGCUUGAGGAGCUGCUGCAGUACCACCCGGAGCACGUCAAAGGCCUGAUCCUCAAGGGAGACAUCCUCAUGAACCACCGCAAGGAUACACGUGGCGCCAAGGCCUGUUUCGAACGCAUCUUGAACAUGGACCCCAGCAACGUGCAGGCCAAGCAUAACCUCUGUGUGGUGUACUUCGAAGAACGGGAGCUCCAGCGUGCCGAGCGCUGUCUGGUGGAGACUCUUGCCAUGGCCCCGCACGAAGAGUACAUCCGACGGCACCUUGCCAUCGUACGCAACAAAAUGGCCGCCAUGAGCGCUGCGGGCCAGCCGAUUGCACCAACAGAGGAUGGUAGUAAAUUGGACAAGCAGCAAGAGCAACAACAACAGGACAAAGAGGAGGAGGAAGCACGGGGUGUUGCCUCAGGAGCAGUGGAUGGGGCCAGGAAAGAGAAGAAUUUGAGGAAAUCCUCCCCCAAAGAAAGCAUCAGCAGCCAGGGCCACGGCAAAUCAAAGAAGCUGGAUGACAAGCGGACUAAGAGCAAAUCCACAAAAGAGAUUAAAGAUAUCGAAAAGAAAAGGGCAGCUGCCUUGAAGAGACUGGAGGAGAUUGAACGCAUAUUAAGCAGCGAUUAACCUUGUUUAUCAACCACCACACUAUUUUUUAUAUAUAACUAUUUAAAGUGCAAGAACUAGACUCUUCUGUUUUUUUUUGAGACCUUGAUUAUGCAUGUUUCGUGGCGCUUUUGUUUGAUUGUUUUGUGUCUUUUAUAUAUUGUGUGGUAUACCUCCUUUUCCCACAGCUUUAAUUUUGUAAAGCUGUUUGGCUGAAAAGGGAAACCAGGUGUGCACUCACAACAUGCGCUGAAAAAGCACAAAAUUAGGUACCGUUUUAAAAGAAUCCCUACUAAAAAAUCAUUUAUUACUAUAUUGUUUAUUUAUGAAUGUCUAUAUUUGAGUCACUGGAUUAAUUUUUGUCACUUUUUUGUUUUAAUUUACCAAACCACUGGCAAGUAUUACUCAUAAUCACAAAUAAAGUAUUGGUAAUAUCAGUCAGCCCAUUUUAUAGCAGGGCCUCUGGGUGGUCCGUCACAUGGCUGUUGUAAUUUAGCUCAGCAGACCCCUCUCCCUCUUUGCAUGACAUCACCGCACGUCCUCCAGUUCACUGCUGCUGUUUAUUCAUGUGUCAUUAUUGCUGUUGUUUUGUUUUGUUUUUUUAGUUUUGACACCAAAUGGUUAAUUAUACCAUUUAUAUCCUCUGUUAAUUAUAUCCUCUGACAUAAUCUCAUUCUGAAUUAGGUCACCUCCCUUCUCCAGCCCUCUUUUUGCUGGCUUCUAGGAUUUAUCUGUAUGGCUCGCACACUGUUUGGGCUCUCGCUGAUUUCACAGAUUGGUCAUGCAGAGGCAAACUUUUUUUCUUUGGAGUUUUUCUUUUCUUUUUAAGUGGCUUUUGACUGUUUUUUAUUUUCCCCAUAAAGAUCUUUCCGUAAAAUUAUAAUCAGACUAUAAUCGGGGAAAAAACGUAAAGGAAUAAUUC